GUGUUUUUUUAGAUCUCUCCCUCUCUCUCUCAUCAGAAGGGACACCCACCUUUGCCCACUAUCUCUUCCUCCGGACCUUUUUUUCACCUUCUAAACCCCAAACCCUCUCAUCGUUCCCUCGUAGAAAGAUCUGACUCAGGGCUUAUCAGUUUUGGGCACUAUUUUUCGAAUUUUAUUGUUAGGGAAGCUGUCUUUGAUGGUUUUGAGAUUUACCCAGAUACUGUUUCUAUGGAUGAGAACAAGGUCAAGGAUGUUUGUGCAGGUAGUGUUUCUGAGUCUACUACUGUGAUAGUUAGCGAGCAUGUAGCUGGCGACGCCCAAACCCCAGUUGAGGGGUCUAUCUCUCAGGGCGUUGAGAGAGUAGAGGAUGGUGGGGGUUGUAAUGGGGACGAUAUUAUGGUGGAGGUUUUGGGUUCUGAUGUGUAUGUUGAUGGUAUUUGUACUCAUGGGGAAGUUGGGCGUGGUGGGUCCGUUGAGGAUGAGGCAGGGUUAGAGGGAGAAGUUAAAUCUUUGGAGGGAGAUGUUAAAUCUUUGGGCGGAGAUGGUGUAGUUAGUGAAUUGGGUUUGCGGGAAAUUGGAGUUUCAGCCGGUGAAGCAUCCAAUCUUGGAAGCCAGAUUGGGGUUGAGGGUUCUUCAGGGGUUGUGGAGUUGCGGGAGGAACGAACAAAAGUUGUCAUGGUGGAGGAGGUUGGGGUUGUGGUGAGGGAGGAGGGGAGUACAGAGGGAGGAGCGGCCCAGGGGGCAGUGGAGAGAGGGAUGGAAGUGGUUGGUGUUGGUAGUGGAAAUGGUGGUGUGAUACCAGGGGAAACCGGUGUUUUGGAUGCUGAGGCACGGAGUGUGGAGGGAGGAGAAGCCCAGGGGGCUGGGGAGAGAGGGAUGGAAGUGGUUGGUGUUGGUAGUGGAAAUGAUGAUGUGACACCAGGGGAAGCAGGGAUUUUGGAUGGUGAGGCACGGAGUGUGGGAAGUGGUAAUGAGUUUGGUGGUUCUUUGGCGGUUGUGGGUUCCAUUUGUGGAGAAACCCAUGUUGUUCACGUGGAGGAGGUUGCAGUAGUUGCCAGGGAGGAGGGUUUGGAGCAAGAAAUGGCUGAGAUGGGUGCAGAGAGAGCUAGGGAAGUGACUGGUGGUGGGGUUGAUGAAAUUGAGUGUAGUAAUUCACAGGAAGUUGGGGCUUUGGAUGAUAAAGCAAGGAAUACUUUAAUGGAAAAUGGGGUAGGAGAUUCUUCUGUGGUCAUGGGUUCCUUGGGUGUUGAAACCCAAGUUCUUAAAGAAGAUGCCAUGAUGGAAAAUGUGGAAGAUUUAGAGAGACGAGUGGUUGUGGAGGGUGCUGAGCAUGGUAGAAAAUUGGCUGAUAAUGGAGGGGAUGCAGCCAUUGAUUCGAAGACACAAAAUGUUGGUGUUGUAGAUGAUGAAGCUUGGAAUCCUGGAAUCAAUGCUAUGGCUGUGUGUGCUACGCCAAUUGUAGAAAAUUCAAUACAGACCCAAGUUGUUGAGGAAAAAUCUCCAGUGAUGGUCAACGAGGAGGGAAUGUAUCCCAAAGUUGUUGAUUCUGGCAGUAGUACCUUGGAGGGGGUUGUUUCUAUUUCGGGGAGAGAACAAAGUUUAAUGGUAGAGGCUACUUUUGAAGGAACAAAAAAAGUUGUUGCAAAUACCAAAUCAUUGGAUGAAGAAAGCAAAGUUGCUGCUACCGGGGAAGUUGCAGGAAUGGAUAAAGGGGAUACUUUGUGUUCCAAAGUUGAAGGAAUGGAGACUGGUGCUAUGGAUGAAAACCCUACUUGUUCAAUGGAAGAACAGUGGGAAAAGGUUGAGAAAGUGGGUGAGAGCUCCAAAAAUCACGGUGAUGCCUCAUGUCUGCCAAAUCAAGCAAUUGUUGAAGGUAAUAAUACAGUAAUGGAUGACAAGGAUCCUUUGAACACUGAAUCAGACCAGCAUUUAAAGCUUGAAGAAUGCUUAGACAAAAGCAUGGCUCAUGAUCCUUCUCAGGUUAAUUCAAAUAUAGGGCAAGAUAUGGAAGUUGACAAACAAGUUAUUGAUGCUGAACUGGUUAAUUCAAAUAUAGGGCAAGAGAUGGAAGUUGACAAACAAGUUAUUGAUGCUGAACCAGUUUGUUUGCGUGGAGGGCUGGAAAAAGUUGAAGAACAGUCGGUAAAGGUUGAGACAGUUUGUCUGAGCACUGCAAGUCACAGUCAUGUAUGUGGAGAUUCAACAUCAAACCAAGUAGGUAUUGUUGGGGAAGCUGCAGCUGGGCAUGACAAGGUUCUUUCAGAUUCAAAUGUUGAGGUUCCAGAAACUAUUGAUAGGGAUGGGAUAUCGUCUUGCUUUGGAAAUGAUGAGAACUUAAAUUUUGCGACAUGUGGUAGCACACAAAGGGAUGCUCAAGUCACCGACCGAAGGCAAACUGCUGUGAUGGACCGCGAAUCCGAUAUAGGUUCCGGUAGUGAGGUUCUGGGGUCUGUUGAGAAAGAUAUACUGUUGGACUCUGAAGAGUGCUUGGAAAAGGGUUUGGCUGGUGAUCUAUCUCAGAUUGAUUCCAAUAUUGGACAAGAGACUGAAGUAAAGAAACUAGUUACAAAAGCUGAAUGUUCAGAUGCAAUGUCCUCGGGCCAGCCAAGUCUAGUAGUUCUUGAAACUGAAGUGGCAGGCGAGGAUGGAAAUGUUCUAAAUCCAAAUUUUGAAACAGACACCCAAGUCACUGACACAGUGGAAAUUGCUCCUAUGGACACUGGGGAGGUUUUGAAUUCCAACAUUGAAGUAUCAGGAUCAGUGGAGUCUGAAGAGUGCUUAGAGAAGAGCACAGCUGGUGAUCUUGUUCAAAUUGAUUCAAAAAUUGGACCACAGGUUGGAGUUGAAGGACUAGUGAUGAAAGCCGAACAUGUUGGUUUGCAUGGAGGGCAGGACAUGGAAGUUGAAGAUGACAUUACUGAUACUGAGCAGUCGAAAGCCGAUGAAGAGAAAUUUGUUGAACGGGCAGCUCUGAAUCAUGGAAGUGCAGUUGAUGUGCAUCAAGCUAGUUAUCAGCUGCCAUCAGAAAAUGAAGAUGAAUUCUCUGUAUCAGAUUUAGUAUGGGGUAAAGUAAGGAGCCACCCAUGGUGGCCUGGGCAGAUAUUUGAUCCUUCGGAUUCAUCUGAGAAGGCAAUGAAACAUUAUAAAAAGGAUUAUUUUUUGGUAGCAUAUUUUGGGGAUCGAACGUUUGCCUGGAAUGAAGCAUCUCAGUUAAAGCCAUUUCGAACGCAUUUCUCCCAUGAAGAGAAGCAGAGCAAUUCAGAAACAUUUCAGAAUGCUGUCGAUUGUGCUUUGGAAGAGGUCUCAAGACGUGUAGAGUUUGGGCUAGCAUGCUCUUGCAUACCAAAAGAUGCCUAUGAAGAAAUUAAAUUCCAGAUUGUUGAGAAUGCUGGGAUCCGGCAAGAAGCAAGUACAAGAGAAGGAGUGGAUGGAUCUGCUAGUGCUAGUUCCUUUGAACCUGAUAAAUUAAUCGAAUACAUGAAAGCCUUGGCACGGUUCCCAUCUGGUGGCGGUGAUCGCUUUGAGCUUGUGGUAGCCAAGGCCCAGCUGCGGGCCUUUUAUCAAUUAAAGGGUUAUGGUAGUUUGCCUGAAUUCCAAGUUUGUGGACAGUUGUUGGAGAGUGACACAGAUGCUUUAGUUUAUGAGGACAGAAAGCAUUCAAGUGAAGUGUAUGAGCAUGACACUGCUAUUUAUAAGGAUGAUGAGUUAACUUCCUUUAAGCAGGAGAUUUUGAAAAGCCAGAACAGCUCUUCUCACAAACGUAAACAUAAUUUAAAAGAUGAUGUAUUUUACAAAAAGAAAGAAAGAAGAUUGUCCGAAUUAAUGGGUGGGAUGUUAGAUCCUCCCGAUGGUGAUAAUUGGUCAGAUGGGAAGACCACUGGUGCUUCGGUUUCAUCAUCUGCUGGCAAGAAACGAAAGUCUGUUGAUUACCAUGAUGACUAUGUGCCACAAGAUGGAAGGAAGACCAUUUCCUUUGCAAAGGUUUCUAAUACCACUCCGCCUUCCUUCCCCAAGCCAUCAUUUAAAAUUGGUGACUGUAUACGGAGAGCUGCAAGCCAAUUGACUGGGUCUCCUGCUAUCUUGAAAAGUAAUAGUGAGAGGUUCCAGAAGCUAGAUGGAGGCAAUGAUGACAUAGCUGCUGGGGAUGAAGCUGAUGUUUCCUUCCAAGAUUCUGAGGAUGCCCAAAGAGGAAGAAUAAUUGUUUCAACAGAGUACUCAUCAUUAGAGGAUUUGUUAUCACAACUUCAGAUAGCAGCACAAGAUCCCCUGAGAGGAUAUGGUUUCUUGAAUGUUAUUGUUAGUUUCUUCUCUGACUUUAGAAAUUCAGUAGCAUCAGGACAAUAUUCUGAAAGAGAUUUUUUGGCUAUGGACAAAGUUGGUGGUAAAAGAAAAAAAUCAUCUCAUUCUGUUGCUGGGUCACCUGAAACAUUUGAAUUUGAGGAUAUGAGUGACACUUACUGGACAGACAGGGUCAUCCAAAAUGGUUCUGAAGAACCUUCACGUAGAAACAGGAAAAGAGAGUAUCAAAUUGUCCCUGUUCAACUAGAAAAUCCCCUUCAAGUGAGCCGUAGGCCAUAUUCCAGGAAGCGAUAUUCGGAUGGCAAUCAUGCUGUGGCAACUGAGAAACCUGCUGGCUAUGUGGAUGAGAAUUCACCAGCUGAGAUUGUAAUGAACUUCUCUGAGGUGAAUUCUGUUCCAUCAGAAACAAGCUUGAAUAAGACGUUUAGGCGUUUUGGACCACUGAAGGAAUCUGAAACAGAAGUUGAUCGCGAUACAAGCCGUGCUAGAGUGGUUUUUAAGAAGUCUUCCGAUGCAGAAGUUGCUUUCAGCAGUGCUGGAAGGUUCAACAUUUUUGGGCCAAAGCUGGUAAAUUACCAGCUUAGCUAUACACCAUCCGCUCUGUUUAAAGCUUCUCCAAUGGACACAGCCCAGGACCAUGAGAUGCAACUGGAUCUUGCCGUUCUUGAAGUUAAUCUAGUGUGAAAGUUUCAGGGGAAAGCAGAUGGUGAAGAAUAGGCAGAUGUUCCAUCUACUGAUGAUGAUGAUAAUCAUGGUGAUGCUGUAGCGGAGAAUUUUCUGAAUGGGCUGCUGAAGGAGGUAAUCAGGCUGUUAAUUCAUCUGGUUAUCUAUUCAUUUAACUGUUCAGCUUCUUUCUUUUCUUUCUUUUUUUUUUUUUAAUUUUUUUUUUUUUUAGCGAAGAGGAGUAAUUUUGCUUUGUUCUGUAAUCUUACGUGAUUCCCUUAGUCCAUGUACAGCAAUGUAAUUGACCCUUUUUAAAUGGUUGUUAUCCUUGGCGGCUAUAAGAUUUGGGUAUUGGCUCA